UCCUAGAUAUGAGAGGAAUCCUUCAGCCACAAACGAGGCAGCGGCAGAGAGGAGAGGCUAAAGAGAAACACGCAGAGAGGUGUCAAGUCAAAGGAACCACAUUUAGGACUCAGUUCAAGUAGUAGACGGCGCUGUUCCUUCAUCAGGUGGUCAGCGGACUCACUGAGGCGAGGAUUAUGUCCAAACCUGUGACCAACGUGAAGGCCUUGCAGGCUAAUCUGAACAUCCCGAUGGGAGCGCUGCGUCCGGGGGCGGGACUUCCUGUCAAGAGGAGAGAGGAGACAGCGGACACAGAGGAGGCUCAACCACCAGAACUACCAAUGCGUCCCCCGUCACUAGAAGAGAAGAAAUCUUUGCAGAAGCUACCGGGCCCGGCGGUCAACCUAUCGGAGCUACAAAACAAAAAGAGUGAACUACGAUGGGUCACCAAGGAGUAACAUGAAAUUGAGCCGAAGAGGAUGGACGAUAAUCUCCACAAACUCGGACUUUCCUUCUGUUGUGAAAGAGUAGAAACACUGCAGCUACAAGAUAUCAGAGGAACCCCAACAAUCUGUCUAAAAUUACCUCUAAAAACAUUCCCUAAUUCAAUAUUUCAGAUUAAAAUACACAUUUAAGCUAAUUUAUAAUUUUUAAUAGUAGAAAUAUUCUGUUUUUGCUGCAGUUUGGGUUUGAACUCACUGAAUAAGAUGAGAGGUGUCAGCCAUUAUUUAAGUAUUUUAGGGUUUGUUUAGUUUAUUAGUUUAGAAUGAAACACAUUUAAAGAAUCCUCCUUUAUCCCAAAACAAAAUUAACUAACAUUGUAGCAUUAAACUUUUAGGCACUUUAGCUUUUUAGGGCCGCGUUAGUUGGGUUGAGUAGCACUACGUCAGCAGAUUUUUACUCUAGUAAAAGUAAAAAGUUAAAGAAAUAACUCAAAAGUAUUUGGUAAACACAGUUACAAGUAACUUAAAAUGAUUUAAUCAAAUAUAGUAAUAAAAUAACAAUUCAGACAAAGGAAACACUUUCAAAUAUAUAUUUAUAUUUUCAAUACAAAUUAUGAAACUAAUACUUAAAGCAGACAAUGUAUACAGUAUAUAUAAUAACAAUAUUUUUGGUGUUUACUGUAUUUUCUUAACCUUCAAAUAAUAAUAGGACAACAAAGCUUGUCUAUUAAGAAGAGGUCUCACUUCAACAUAAACCGUAGAAGUGCCCAUUUUUGGCUAAAACAUGUUUAUUCUUCAUUCAGUGACGUUAUUUGCAGUGAAUAAAUUUUACUCGAGUAGUAAUAAUAUUAUUAAUGUAAAACUAUACAGUACAUCUACUCCUAAACGUUAACUGGCCUGUGAUUAAAUAUUUCUACUGUAUCAACUGAAGGGUUGGUUGCUUGGGAAUGGGCAGUUAUUAUUUGUAUUUUGUUGAUUUUUUCCAGAAAAUUAAUAUUAUCACAGUAAAACCUAUAAAAAAAACCAACAGACCCAUUUUGUCAUUUCCUGUUAAAGUAAAAGACAAAAAAAAUCAUAUGUUGGUUUUCUAUACGAAAACAUUUGUUACUCAGUGGAAAUCAAGUAAAUGUAGCAAAAUUUCAUUUUAUACACUGGUGUAGAUUUUCAGUGGUUGAAUAAAAAGCAACAGGACUAUAGUUAUAGUCAACAAUCACACACACCAAUUGGCCGGUAACAUCAGUAAUCGGAUAUAAUGGACGAAUGAUUGCUCUGACCGUAACUUACUCUGAUACUUCCUGCUUUUGUUCAGAACUGACGAAACCUUCUGGAUGAGUAGUGAAAAGUCUAGUUGCCCUUUAUUUGAGGAUUUGUCUUUAUUGUCUGCUUUAUUUUUAUUUUCGAGUGUCACCAUAUUUUUGAAAUUUUGGGGUUGUCAAUGACAACCGUGGGAUGGGUUGUAAUAAAAUAAAGUGAUGACAAUUGUGGCUCCAACUGUGAAACAAAGAGCUUAAUGGAAAUGCGCCAAUUUAUAAAAAAAAACUCACAUUUUCGGUAAAACGUUUUUGCCCCAGCAUGAGGCAGUUUCUCAGUUGUAUUAAAAUUAGUGUAUUUCACAAAACUGCAAUGAAAACACUUUUUUUUGAGUCAUGAUCAAAAAUCGAAUGUUACUACUGGUGGAAAUGACAAAGAAGACGACAGGAAGUGGUAGAAGGAAGAUGGUGUGGUAUGAUUUUUAAUGACUAAUUGCAUAACUAAAGUUAUCCAGGUGUGAAUUUUAUUGCACUUUUUAUUUAAUGGAAGCACUGUAAUUGUGGAAUUGUGUUUUUUCGACAUUCGUAGAAUAUUAAACAUUUGCGCAGCUUUUUCUGCUAAUAUGGAUUCUUCCUAAGGGUGAGUGUUGGUAGUUGUGCUGCUUUACCUGCCGUCUGGCCGCUCCGGAUGUCAUUUUGUUCCUGCAUUAAGCCUCGAUGUAGCCAAACUUCGUCAGGUGUUUGUUUUUUAAAUGCCAUAUUAGACUUGUUGCGUUGAUGCACUUUGACGUGCUUCAACCCUGAGGUAAUUUUCUGCCGCAACACGCAAACUUCCCCAUUCACUCGGAGCGUUAAAGAGUGAAGGAAAGAGGAGAUCAGAUGCACACAAAAGGUUGCGAAGUGAGAUACCUCUAGUUGAAUUUGAAGAAUUUUCCAAGGAAGCGAUGAUAAAUUAUCUUUACCAGGAAAUUCUUGAUCUAUUCUGAGGUCUAAAACAUCUUUACAGUAAGAUUUUCAGAUGACAAUCAUAGCAAAGCUAAAAACCUGGUUCAUACGUCACUGAGUUCUUUCCCCAAUCCGUCGAUGUGAAUCCAGACUCCUUAGAGAGUAAGCCAAAUUCAGCCACUUGUAUUUCCAAUCUCUAUGUUUCAGUCACAUUUGGGCUCAAGGCCUUAGGUGAGAAAUAAUGUCAAUCAAAUGGUAAAGUUAAAGGUUUUACUUUAAUGCCGGGUUUCUCUUCAACAUUACAUCUCUUAGGCAUUGUACAGCCAUUUUCUGCGGACAAUCAUGAAAAACAUGUUACAAAUGAAGGACAUGGAUGUAUUUUAGCAAUAUUUAGAUGCCAGGUAGCCUCUUAAAGUUGACUACUUUUCACCUUUCACCACAUAUGGAUGUUUUUUAGACCAGUGAUCCCCAAAGAUGUUCCUUGAAUUCAUUAUCCUCCAUAGUUUAGAGGUGAUUAAAAUAAAUCUACUUUGCAUGUAAUACGUUUGUAAUAAGAUGACAGUUAUUUAAAUCUUUUGUAUGGCAACAUUAAAAACUAUAAAACAUCCUGGACAGAACAGUGACCCAGAAAGUGAACAAACACUGAAGUGUUGGUUGUCGCGUUUCUGCUGUGCACCGCCAUUUUGAAUAUCAAGAGCUGUUCACUCAACGCUGGUUUUGCAAUGUGAUAUUUCUAAUUUUGGAAGUCCAUAAGCAAAUGGGUGCUGAAGGGGAUGAGAUCAGGUAUGAUUUCAGUACAAUCGGUACAUGCAGUAGUAGCGUUAGCAACACUGAAGGGCCCAGUGACGGUGGUGAAACCCCAAGAAGAACCAUAUUCCUGUAAUUAGUUCAGAUGGAGGCAGGUCCGGUUUCAGCCAUUGUAAAUUGGUAAAAAUAUGUAGGGAAAUGGCAUUUUUAAAUAACAUAUUACAGAAUUUAGAAAUUUUAAUUACUUUGUGUUACUUAAAUUUUUUAGUAUUGUGGAAAUUGAAAUGUAAUUUGUAUAAGUCCAAAAUUUUUAGGAAGACACAGGCUUUCAUUGUGUGUCCCAACUUUUUCACUUUUCUGUAUGGAUAUUGAAUAAAAGUGGGUUGAGAACACCACCUUAAGGGAA